UAUUCAAAUUCACGUGACUGUAAGUCUGCGAUCAUGUGAUGCAUCAUGGCUGCGCCCAGCUGGCUCUGGGUUCCACAGCUAUUCUUGUAUUUGGUGUUCCCCUCGUCCGCCGCGCUCCUGGUAGAAACGUUAGAGCAGGUCUGUGGUUGUUGUGCCGGGCCCAUGCGAAAUGAAUCCGCAGCAGCCGUUUUCUGCGGUUCCCGGAUGGGUACGGUACGGCGGGGCCGCUGCUGCUUAGAGAGAAACAAGAAGAUUAUUUUAGGGUUGGAUUAUGGGAAUUGCUCAUUGCAUCAGCUCUGCUCUGGCUUCCAGGAAGUGAACACAGCUUUUGUCAUUGAUCUGACUGACAAUCCAUUGGAAAGUCUCCCUGAAGACCGCUUUCGAGGAUUCACACAGCUGCAGACCCUUGCUUUGCCUCAGAAGCUGGACUGUCCUGGAGGCAGUGAAGUAUGGAAAAAUGUCACCAUCCAAGGAAACAAUCGUAUCUGUCAUGACCAGAGGAACUCCUGCAAUGGCUCAUUGGGACUUGUUUGGGUAUGCCCAGAGGGAUCACUUUGUACUUCUGAUGGACCCGGUUUGUCCCAGUGCCUCUGUGUAGAUCCAUACCAUGGCUAUAAAUGCUUGCGCCAGGGCAAUUUUCCAUACCUGCUGUUCUUUGGAACUUUGGGAGCCAUCACUAUCACUCUCUCCACCUUCCUUUGGACUACACAGCGGCACAAAGCCAAAACCAUUUAGUGGCCUCUCCAUUCUCCUGGCCCACCCACAGUACACAAAGGAGGUGCUAGUCUACAGUCUUGUCUGCUGUCUGUUGUUACCGUUUGGUUUUGGAAUUGGAGGUUCUCAAUUUUUCUGGAGGAAAUAAUUCCUUGGACUGGAGCCUGUCACCCUGUUACAUGUUCGGACACAUGGGAGAACACUGUAGCAGUUAUUGUACAGGAACACAUUAUUUUCAGCUAGCCCAGUUGGCUUGCCAAUGCAUAGAAACUGGGGCUAUCAAUAAAAGAUAUAAAGAAGUGGGGAAAAUUAAUGUCUUAUUGGAUGUUAGAUAUUCUUUGGAUUGUACAUUCAGUUUCUAAUAAAGUAAAUACAACUAAUCAGGGUUGUGUCUGGAUAUGACGAAAACCA